GCCUCAUCGUAUCUCCCACCUCGACUGCCAAAAGUUUCCCUCUGCAGGAUCUUUGUUUUUGUCUUCCGAAGCUUCGCGCGCGGCGUUGUGGGGGCUUCCAUUCAUCUCAGUUUCUUGCUGAUUCUUGCCCCUCUCUGCGGCAACAUCUGGCGCCCACGCUUCUUUGGACUCCACUGUUGCACUCUCAACGGGGGAUCCUGUUUCUGUCGUCUCCCGGAGGAGAGUUGAUUCCGUCCUGCAACAUUCGCACAUCCAGAGCGUUCUCCGUGGUGACAGGUCGCUCACCGUGCCACGGGCGGACUAUAUAUUGUUAUACAUUCUAUAAUUUAACUAAAAAUUUAGAAAUAAAUAGACUUUUAAAUAUUUAUGUUAUAUAUUCAACUAAUAAAAAAAAUCUCUGAAAAAACUGUCUGUUCGCGUGGUUGCAGCACUAGGGCUGUAUACAGAGCUCGAGACCAAGCGCGCCGGGGAAGCUCGGGAGAACGGGGUUUCCGCAAAAACCUGUUUUCAUUUGAGAACUCUGACAAACAAGGCCUGGUCUAAGAAGAAGGAAGAGGCGAGACUCUUUUCACCUUCGCGUCGAGGAGGCAAUCAAUUUCUUCUUUCUUUUUCUCAUUGCUAAUCUCCAACCUGCAUAACUCUUCUGCUCGUCGUCCUCUGAUGCCUCCGGUGUCCUGACGCGUGGUUCAGCCUGUGUUGACCUCGGUUUUCCCCUGUCCACGAUGGACACCGCACUGAACUCGAAAACAAAGGCCGCCGGCCUAUCCGAUCCGGAGACGGUCGUCAAGAAGAAGAAAAGCCGAGAAGAGGACGUCAAGAGUCCAGCCCCGGACGCGUCUGCUUGUCCCACAAUCUCUGCUUCUGCCGUGUCGCCCACUUUCGCCUCUCUCGGUCUGUGCUCGGAGCUAUGCGCCUCCGUUUCAACUCUGGGGUGGAAGUCGCCAACAGCCAUCCAGUCCGAGGUCCUGCCGUACGCCCUACAGGGUCGAGAUAUUAUUGCGCUGGCGGAGACCGGAAGCGGGAAGACUGCUGCAUUCGGCCUGCCUAUUCUUCAGCGGCUGCUUCAGCGGACGCAGCGAUUCUACGCGCUCAUUCUCGCCCCCACGAGAGAACUUUGCCUCCAAAUUUCUCAGCAAAUCCUCGCCAUGGGCGGCACCCUCGGCGUCACGGUUGUGACGCUUGUAGGCGGACUCGACCACAACACGCAGGCCAUCGCGCUGGCAAAGAAACCCCACGUCGUCGUCGGAAGUCCGGGAAGAGUCGUCGACCAUCUGCAGCAGACGAAGGGCUUCAGCUUGAAGAGUGUCAAAGUUCUUGUGUUGGACGAGGCAGACCGUCUUCUCUCCCUGGACUUCGAUGCCGCCCUCCAGGUUCUUUUGGAGCACGUUGGGAGUCCAGCAGAGCGACAGACGAUGCUUUUUAGCGCGACAAUGACGACCAAAGUCUCGAAGUUGCAGAAGGCGUCUCUGAAGAAGCCUGUGAAGCUCGAGGUGAACAGCAAGUACGACGUCGCUUCGCAUCUGCAGCAGCACUUCCUGCUCGUUCCUUUCAAGCUGAAACACACGCACCUGGCUGCGGCUCUUCUUCACCUGUCUCCGUCCUCCGUCAUUGUAUUUACAAACACUUGCGCGAACGCCCGAAAGACCGCGCUCUUUCUUCGCCACCUCGGCUUUCAGUCGGUCUGUCUACAUGGGAAGAUGACGCAGCCUCAACGCAUCGGCGCACUGACCAAGUUCCGCGCUGCAGAGACAAGUUGUUUAGUGGCGACUGAAGUUGGCAGUCGUGGUCUCGAUAUCCCCCACGUUCAGAUGGUCAUCAAUUUCGAUGUUCCUCUCUCUUCCAAGGAGUACAUACACCGCGUCGGUCGCACGGCUCGCGCAGGAAGAACUGGACGAGCACUCACGAUCGUCACUCAAUACGACGUCGAGGCCUACCAACGCAUCGAACACGCACUGGGACAGAAACUCGAGGAGCUGACUGAGUUGACUGCGACGGAGAAGGUCAUGCCUCUUCACGAAAAAGUUCUGGAGGCUCUGAGGUCCGCCGAGCUCGAAGCUCGAGAGGCGGACGAGGCUGCCCUCGUCCAGAAGGCAGCGAAGAAGAAGAGAGGAGCAGGGAACAAGAGAUCGUCUGGUGCAGGGAAGAAGAUGAAGCUAGGAUGAACAGCAGAGAAGCGCGAAUGAAUUUGCAAAAUGGACUAUGAGUUUUUUCUGUCAUUCAAGAAUAUUUUGUUGUUUCUCUUCUGCACUACUCGUCCUCCUCUCUCUUUUGCCCUCGAGCGUGACUGAGACUCUUUUGAAAGUGCGGCAUGCGUGGCCUGUGGAUUCUUUGUUCUUCUGUCGGACACAACAUACGUUUCAAUCUUCCGGCUUUCCUGGGCACCAGAUUGUUCUAUGGAGUAGCUUGGCCGUUUCUUCUUACUUCCCAAAAGUGAUGUUUAGAAGAGUCGCGAUGCAGCUGUGAGAUGUCGACCAGCCACAGACACAUACGCAAGAACGACCUCGAGUGUGACCGAAGUUGUUGUAAAUCAAAGUGCCAGAGACCUGAACUUCACGUAUAAGAGAAAUCCAAAGGACUUCUUUCGAACUG